AUGAUAACAAGCAAGCCAGCCAGAAGCAGAGAUCGACCAUGUGCAUCACACUUCGAGUUUAUCUCCGUCGUGGGUGACAAUGUAGCCGGAGAUGCAGCCACGCGGCGACGCGUUCGCAGCCACGCGAUGGUCGACUAUCGCCGACGAACCGCUAAACCCAAGCGAAAGGAAACCAUAGCUAUUGAGUUUGAUACGAACCCGCUGCUGCAGGGCUCUGCUUCGUUACCUUUGCCUUUUUCUCCGCCAUUGCAUGAAAAGCAGCAGUCCUGCACAAAUGGCUCUUCUACACAGCAGUUGACUGUGAGAAUAGUGUACGAUGGAACUUGUUCCAUGUUUCGAACCAUGCUCGACAUCGGCUUCCUCGAUGUCGUCCGUGAAACCAUCGCUCUAUCGCAACUGUUAUCAGCCUCGUCGAAACACCUGGGACAUCUAUACGCCGACGAUAGCAGCACGGAUCAUUACAGAUACACCGUUCAUGCGACAACUCUCCUGCAGCAGCGUCUAGGAGACCCCGCAACUUGUGUUUCCGACGAGGUGGUCGUUGCUGUGCUGGCCUUCUGUUCUUUUGAACGUUCACAUAAAUGGUCUAUCCCGGUGGAUGUCAAUGGCGCAUAUAUCCAGGACAGUAUGCCUCGAUACCAGCAACCUCUAGCGAUCCUGGCCGGUCGCAGCAAGCUCACCAUGGCCUCGUAUCAGUUCGACUUAUCGCUUGAGGGCGGAACAAACCGCCACGUCUUUGUCUCAUAUAUCCGUCAGAGCCUUGGCGAGUUGCACAUGAUCAUGCUAUCCGAGUUAAUGAAACGGGAUCUCUGGUCUGACGUCCUGUUUCCCGGUUUUCACAUCUCACCGAUUCUACACAUUCUGCUGUCACACCCACGUGCCACAGUCCACGAUACCAUAGAGUUGCGUGUGAUGGAAUGCUUCCGGCUAGCUACGGUCGUGUAUCUGACAGAGCUUCGUGGGAGAUUUGGUUUAGACACCGUCCCUGGCCUGUUAUACGGAUCUAAGUUACAUUUACUCUUGCAUGAUAUGACGCUCUCUCUGCUCUCGACGAGUCAUCAGAUCUACCUUGUCUGGGCCUUGACAGUCGGGUCUUGUGCUUCAUGUCUAAGUGAAGAAUUGCAAGGAUCGUUUGUAGGCUUGCUUAGGAAAAUGAUUGUAUUCAUGGGAGUGGCUGAAUUUACUGACUAUCAAGAUCUUAUUGGACAGUUCCUCCGGAUUCCCGACGCUUUGUUUUGUUCACUGGAUGCGCUGGAGGACCAGCUAUUCUUUCCGUGA